AUGGCAAAUAACGACCAAGCCGACGGUUCAGCGCGCGCAGACCACUAUCUAAAUCAAGAGGAUGUCAGCCCUGAAGUGGUUCAGAGACCAAAGAUCAAUGCUCCUGUUGAUAUUGGCUACAAUAUGGACCGGUUUCUGAACCCGCAUCUCCACGCUGAGGAUCGACAUCUGAGACCACUGCAAAGCCCAACCCCACUCACGGAAGACGAGUCUCGCGCACGCAUGGCUACAAUCUUGAAUUCUAUGGUGUUGGACCUCACGUCGAAGCAGAAUUGA